AUGUCGUUUACACAGGAAGAGUGUUCGAAGAUGAUCUUUUUCGUGCAGCUUGUUGAAAAAAAUCCUUGUCUGUGGAAUUACACAAUGAAAUCUUAUUCAAGGGCAGAUGUGACCAGUUUGGCUUGGAAAAAUAUAGCAACUGAAAUGAAGGAAAAUGAACAGAUUUGUCGUGACCGAUGGAAAAACAUCCGCACUGCUUUUGGAAGGUCAUUGAAACCAUUGAAAUCAGGAUCAGGAAGGCUAAAGAAACCAUAUUAUUUGGCCCCCCACCUCUCAUUUCUUCGCCCAUACAUGAAAGGGGCUCCUUCUUCUGGGAAUGUAUCUCCAAUUGAGGAAAAUGAAGACAGCAUGGCAGCUUCAAAUGCAACACUGACGACCACAGACCAUCAGGAAAUGGAAAGGUGUGAAAUGUCAGAAGAAAUGUGUGAUUUGGUUGAUUGUGGUGUGGUACUACAAUCAACUCCUAAAAGAAAAGCCGAAGCCAGCAACAGCGAUGCCCAUAAAGUAUAUGCUGACUGGCUGGAAAUUAAACAAUUUAGUGAAAUGAAGAGAAACUGGGAGUUAUCAGCUGGUGAUGCUGACUGGAUGUUUUUUCAAUCCAUCCUCCCUGAUUUCAAGAAACUUAGUGACAGGCGUAGGAGAGAACUGAAAGCAAAAUACCUGUUGCUUUUGAAUGAGCAGCUGGAUGAAGCUGAGAAUGAUACAUCGUGAUUUUCCUCAUCAUGGACUGCAUCUAAUUAACAAAUUUAUGCCACUACACAGAGUUAAUCAUCCACUGCUACAAGAUUGAUGGUGACAGAUUCCCCCCCUCCCAAUCUGACAAUGCUUCUUGUGAAUACACUUCAAGCAGAAUUACAUUCUACCUUAGCAUGUGGAGCAGUUGUUACUUUUUAACUUCUAAUCGUUGUUUACAUUAUGAGGUGACAAAAGGGGAUUGUGAUGUGCUUAAGUACAGAUGAUAUAACAUCAUGUACACAAGGAAUAAAAGGGCAGUGCAUUUGCAGAGCUACCAUUUGUGCUCAGGUGAUUUGUACGAAAAGGUUUCUGAUGUGCUUAUGGCCACAUGACAGGAAUUAACAGACUCUGAAUGUGGAAUGGUAGCUGGAGCUAGAUGCAUGGGACAUUCCAUAUCGGAAAUCGGGAAUUCAAUAUUCUGAGAUCCACAGUGUCGAGUGUUCCGAGAAUACACAAUUUCAGGCAUUAUCUCUCACCAAGGACAACACAGCGCCCUUUACUCAAUGACUGAGAGCAGCAAUGUUUGCAUAGAGCUUGAAAACAAAUCGGUUAGACCCUAAAUGACUGGAAAAUCAUGGCCUGGUGAGAUGAGUCCAAGUUUCAGUUGGUAGGAGAUGAUGGAUGGUAGGGUUUGAGUGUGGUGUAGAGACCUUGAAACCAUGGACCCAGGUUGUCAACAAGGUAUUGUGAAAGCUGGUGGUGCCUCCAUAGUGGUGUGGGCUGUGUUUACAUGGAAUGGACUGGAUCCUUUUGUCCAACUGAACCAAUCAUUGCUGGAAAUGAUUAUGUUUGGCUGCUUUGAGACCAUUUACAACCAUUCAGGGUUUUCAUGUUUCUGAACAACAAUGGAAUUUUUAUGGAUGACAAUGAUUCAUGGAACUGGGGCACAGUUGUUACAGAAUGGUUUGAAAAACAUUCUGAAUGUUUUGAGCAAAUGAUUUGGCUAUUCAGAUUGCCCAACAUGAGUCCGUCUUACAUUUAUGUGGCAUAAUUGAGGGGUUAGUUUGUGCACAAAAUUUGCACUGGCAACACUUGUGUAAUUAUGGGUGGCUGUAGUGGUAGCAUGGUACUGUAUUUCUACAGGGGACUUCCAGUGACUUGUUGAGCCCGUGCCCCAUCGAGUUGCUGCACUACGCCAGGCAAAAGGAGGUUUGACGUGAUAUUAGGAGGUAUCCCAUGACUUUUGUCACCUCAGUGUAUAUGUACAGUCUUAGGCGUAAAACGUGGCCGCCAGCCGGCUGCCACAAGACAAAGUCCAAGUUUUCCACUUAGUCUCCCGUAAAAGUGGCUGCUCCUCAAAAUUCAAAAUCUGCAUGAUUUGACAAAACUGUAAGAUGUGGAAGUGUUUACUCAAGCUGUACAGUGCUGUAUCUGCUAGUGGUCUAGUUGUAAAUGUCACAUGAUGGAGAUGCAAAGUAGUGAAUUGAAGUCCACUCAUUCCUUUAUUUUUGAACUGCAAUUUGGCUGUCUAUUAAAGGUGUGAGUCUCAUGGAACAUCAAAAAUAAUCCAGAAUGAGAUUUUCACUCUGCAGCGGAGUGUGCGCUGAUAUGAAACUUCCUGGCAGAUUAAAACUGUGUGCCCGACUGAGACUCGAACUCGGGACCUUUGCCUUUCGUGGGCAAGUGCUCUACCAACUAAGCUACCGAAGCACGACUCACACCCGUUACUCACAGCUUUACUUCUGCCAGUAUCUCAUCUCCUACCUUCCAAACUUUACAGAAGCUCUCCUGCGAACCUUGCAGAACUAGCACUCCUGAAAGAAAGGAUAUUGCGGAGACAUGGCUUAGCCACAGCCUGGGGGAUGUUUCCAGAAUGUUCAUCAAAAAUAAUGUUUCAUUUUCUAAGUACCACUAAUAGCAAAACUACAAACAAAAGAACUCAUUGCUGUGUUGUGAUCAGAGCUGUUUCUGCUACACUUUCCUUGUCCUAAAGUGGCUACUGUCCACCUACCAUUGGGCACCUUGAUGCCAGCUACUGUCUGACCAGCUGAUCAUGGUGCACUUUGGCACAUUUCUGCUUGUACAUUGUUAGCAUAAAAUUAUUUCUUAUUGUUCUAUGAUUUUCCAUGCAGAGUACAUUCAAUAAAUUGAGUGAACACCAUGCAGCUACACAUGAUGCUUAGUUUGCUGUGGGUGUGUUUAUCAAGUAUCAUUUCUAAUUUAAAGUUCUAGUAUUUAUUGUGGGGUUAUAGAUUGGAAUUUGUUUACUUCAGUCUUAUGGAAAUUGCUUAAGCAUUAUAAAACAGUUGAAUGUGGAAGGAAAGUGCCUAACAUCUGGGACAUGUUGUUCACUUUGGGUUUAAUUGGGGGGGGGGG